AUGCUUGCUCGACGUUGCUUUCUCGUACAUCUUCUACCGCUGGCAUGGCUCCUUCGGGUUCAUGCAGACUCUUCAUGUGAAAGACACGAGGUGCCGAGGGGAAACGCCUUGCUUUCAGUCAAGGCAGAGACGGCGCGCAACGUCAUCGAGACCCUGGAGACUGAGACGGUGCACGACAUCUUUGAGGGUCUGAAGGAUCCAAGUGCCAAUAUCUCAAGCGCGUCCAACACAUCCUGGGGCCAGGUCAACGAGAGCUUGCAAGACCUGGUGAACAAUGUCCUCCUGGCUGACAUCAAUCAGACACAGAACCUUCCGGACCCAGAAGGCAACUACUCGGAUCCGCAGAACCGCACUGGUUUGGGACGACUGGCGCAAAGCUUGGAGUUUCUAUACCUGAAGGUAGCAGAGCUCGAGACUGCGGUAGAGUUGCAGAACAUUGAGUUGCAGCUUGCCCAUCAGCAGGCACAGCUAGAGAUACAGGGUCUGAAAGACCGCCUGGAUCAGAAGGAUGCGGCCCUCCGGCAACUGCAAGCAAAGCUCCGUCAGCAUGCAGCUGAGCCUGCACAUCAUGAUGCGGACGCAGCCUUACUGGACGACAGGCCUCCUCCCAUGCAGCAGAGGCAUCGCAAGGCCUGGUUGGACAAGGGCCCGGAGCGACAGCAAAGGCAAAGACAGCGCAUGGGUGAAAAGGAAAGAUUGGAGCUCCAGCCCACCACAGCCGACAGAUGCCGAAAAGCAGGGCAACUCUUCAAGAACGACAGGUGGAGCAAGUCUGGCCCAGAAGCUGGGACAGAGAGCUCAGAGCUCGACAGCUCGGUCUCCUCCAAGAUUCCCGUUGUGGAUGAUGUCGUUGACGUUGGCGAGAGCGUGGGUGAUGGCGUCGGGGACGUGGUGGAUGCCACAGCCGACGUUGCCACGGAUGGUACUGGGCUGGUCGGGGAUGCCCUCACCGAUGCGUACGUUGCUGCAGCGGACAAGGUCGCCUUUGUUGCCAACACUGUCAUUACAACUGUGGAGCAGGCCGUGGCCAUCCUUCUGGGUGGCUUUGAUUUCUCGGCUGGCUGCCCUCACUGGACAUGGCCUACACUGGAUGUCUCCAACACCGGAAUCAGCGUGGGUUUCGGCAGGCAGUCCUGCGAGGUGGUACUGGUUGGCCAGCGGUUGACCCUUUUCGACUUCAACUGGGGCACCCUCACAGUGAACUACCCCCAGCCGAUCGCUGCCAUGGUGGCACUGGGGAGCAACCUGGUAAACUGUAUCAGCGGAGGCGGCCCAGCGUUUGAUGUAUUCAAGUGCGUGGCCGUUUCAAUCGGCGAAACUCUGCUUCAGGUCGUCCCACCUUUCAGCAUCCUUACGCAACUCUCCAGAAUGCUGUCCGAGUUCCUGGCCUUCUUUGCCCAGCUAGCUUCUACGGCAAUCACUGCAGCCCUGGACGACACCACCAGCUUGGUGCAAGAGGCAGUCAAAGUGUCAGCCUUUCCAACAAGUGGACAACCUCCCAGGUUGGUCAACAGCCGCCGGGGCGUCUCUGCGCACAUCCGCAGGCAUGAGUCCCUGAGAAGGGUCCCCAAGAAAGCCGACGCCUUCGUUCAAACGAAUGCAAGCGUCCACGCACGUGAGGAGCCAGAUGAUACCAUGGCUACGGGAGCGCUUGGCUUCGCCACCACAGAGGCCAUGCCGUAUGCCUCAAUGCUGAUCACGCAGUUUGGGGGCGAUGAGUUUGACUCUGGCUCCUGUCUGGGCUUCGCACCGAAGCACAGAACAGGUGCCGACGGCAAGGUCACAAAACGAGACUGGCAGGUACCCAGCCCUGAUAGCCACGAUUUCGUCAAGCUGGAGCCAUGGGCUGUGCCCUGCGAUAACCAGUGGGCCAAGGACAACCCUGACAAGUGGGAAGGCUACUCUUUCUACACUUACGAGUCUGUGAUUGAGAAGUGCGUGGCCAUCUCCUACAGCAUGUCGGUGCAGCCAACCUUGGCUUUUGUGGGUGGACUCGAGUUCGACCUCAUGCCCGCUCCUCUUGCAGAGGUGACCACAGAGGUUUGCUGGCCGGACCGCGUUUCUGCCCCAGACCUGAGCCUCAUCGUGAUGACAAUCAGGACAGGAGGCAUUGUGCUGUUCAAGCACACCAUCCGUUUGCACAAGCGGUUUGGGAGUGACACGGGCUUCACAUCAGCGAACAUCAAGGAUGCCGUGGAGCGCGCCAGGAACUACUUCGGCAAGGGUACUGCCAGUGAUGACGACAAGUCGCUGCAAGGCAUGUCGCGAACCGCGCUCAACCAGGUGGAAAACAGCACCGACAGAAAUUCCAAGGAAUCUGAAGAGGUGCUGUUCCAUCCACAGCAGGAGGAGCUCUACCUUGCUUCAGCUAAAUACGAUGCGCAGCUGGGCGUCAACAUAACGCAGCGUUUCUCGGGGCAGGAGGCCACAGCACGGGUCCGCGCCGCCAUGAGGCCCCGUCAGCUCGGCGCUCUACAAGAGGCUGAGGAAGAGCAAGGUCUGGGAAAGCAUGAGUUAUUUGAGCUUAGCAGCCCUUCGGCAUCACUGGUUGGCUUCAGCGUGAUUGGAGAGUUGGAGUCCGGCGUGAUGCAACUCAAGAUACAGAUGAAGUUCGGCCCGAUUCCCUCACCGGAGAAGACCAUCCCGCUGCUCAACGUUGUCGAUCAUUUGCGCAUCGUCCUGGCGGCAAUACCGUUCAUGUCCCAGGCCAGCAAGCAGAAAGCGGUGGAUGCUUUCUCCACGACAGACCUGGAGCCAUACAUUCCGCCAACUCAUGUGAUAGGGCCCCUACCGCUGGCUUCUGGGUGGUCAGACUGGGGUCACGGCUAUUCAAGCCCGACCUACAUCCUGCGAGACGGCAUCUGCAGCGUGCAGGCGCUGGUGAAUGGUCCCGGUCAUGGUCGUAUUGCGACUCUGCCUACAGAGUGCCGACCCAGCGGUGGCCUGGUCUUCAAUGUGAAUCGAGGCAGCAGCAUGGCACGAGUCAAUGUGAACACAGACGGCUCUGUGAUGUGGCAUGGAGGAGGCUCGGGCUCCAGCUGGCUAAGCCUUUCGAACAUCCUUUUCACACCCCACGGCGGCUGGCCACUGGAGCUUGUCAAUGGGUGGAAGAAUAAAGGAUCAGAUUGGGCACCGGCAACGUACAGAGUGAUUGGUGGCCUAUGCAUACUCAGCGGACUCAUCAAGGAUGGCUCCUGGUCGCAGUUUGGAAUAUUGCCUGAAGAGUGCCGCCCACAGAAGCGACUGAUCUUCAACAUGAACAACGAGGAUGCCACAAUGAGAGUCGAUGUUGGCACGGAUGGUUGGGUUGGGUAUGUCGGCGGGAGCAAAACGCACCACUUCGCUAGUCUGUCGGGUAUCAUUUUCUCCACGGACCCAGAGCAGACCUUGCCACUGAAACUAGGCUCUACCGGUAUUGUUUGGAAUUACGGCGGCGACUAUCGCUCGACGACCUACAGCUUGAUCGAGGGCAUCUGCAUCUUGGAAGGAUUGAUCAGCUACUCGAGCAUGGUUGAAAACCAGGUGCUUGCCUACCUACCAGUGGAGUGCUGGCCAAUGCGGGACCUCUCGUUCACCAUGAAUCAGGGUGCUGACGCACCGCGGGUGCAGGUCUAUGCCAAUGGAGAAGUUCGGCAUGUGUCGGGUGCCAGAAGCACCCAAUACUGGCUCAGCCUCAGCGGCAUUGCCUUCUCCCCAGCCCCUGGCGGAAGGCGGAAGCUGCCCUACAUGGGUGGUUGGAGCGACUAUGGCUGGGACUUUGGCAUGGUGUCUUUCAGCAUUAAGAAUGGCCUAUGCAUUUUGGAGGGCCUGGUAUACGGAGGUGACUGGGCCCAGUGGUUUGCCGAGCUACCUGAAGGCUGCCGGCCCACGAAGAAGUUGGUUUUCCACGCGAACAACAACGCGGGAUCAGCUCGCGUCGACGUCACGACAGGCGGUGGAGUGAUGUAUAUGGCCGGACCGAACAACCAUCAUUGGGUGAGCCUUGCGGGAAUCGCAUUUGCACCGGACACCGUUGGGCACAUUGCAUUGCCCCUCGCAGGCAGCUGGGUUGCUUGGGGCAGUGAGUAUGCGUCGCCAGAUUAUACCGUGCGGAACGGUAUCUGCUCCGUGGAAGGUCUGAUCAAAGGAGGUGCCUGGGGGGAUUUGGCAAAUCUUCCUGAAGACUGCCGCCCCCCAGAUGGGAGGUUGAUUUUCAACACCAAUAACGGGGUGCAGCCGUCUCGCGUUGAUGUCGACACUGACGGCAAGAUCAAAUGGGUGGCAGGAGGUCAGAGCAAAGGGUGGAUCAGCCUCAGCGGAAUCGUGUUUUCGCCCACCGUUGUUGGCUAUCCUAUUCCUCUUCAGAAUGGCUGGAGCAACUAUGGAAACGGCUACGCUCCAGCGAAGUAUCGUGUGGUCGAUGGCAUUUGCAUGCUCGAGGGCCUGAUCAACAAAGGCUCCGACAAUCAUGCCGCAACGCUGCCAGCAGACUGCCGGCCUAACAAGAAGCUAGUGUUCGAUGCCAACAAACACGGCAGCAUUGAUCGCCUGGACGUUGACAUUUAUGGCCACAUCUUUUUGUUCAAUUUGAAUGCUGGCGACUGGGCAAGUUUGUCAGGUGUUCUCUUCGAUGUGGAGUAG